CUUUCACAUCCAUUGCUGGUAAUCUACCGAUUGAGAUCUAGUUCUGUUUGUUUCUCUAAUUCUUCCCAAUGUUCACUGGAUCUACCUAUCUUCAAGCUAUUUAAAGCAAAGAAAUAUGGGUAGACAGAGAGAUCCAUUUUGGGAUCAUGCUGAGAAUGUAAAUGGCCGUUUCAAAUGUAAUCAUUGUAAACAAGAUUUUCCUGGAGGUGCAUCAAGGAUUAAAGCACACUUGGCCGGAGUUCCAGGUCAUGACAUUAAGGCAUGUAAUGCCGUGCCUCAAGAUGUUCAAGAAAAAGCUCAAGCAACUCAAAAAAAAAGAGAAGCUCAAGUAACUCACGGGAACAACAAAAAACCUAAAAGUGUACCAACCUCAGGUUCAAAAUCAAAAACGAAGAUGAUUAAAAUUGUCACACAGGGUGAGGAAGAAUAUUGGGCUGAAAUUAUCCUCAAUGAUGUUGUGGACAGACUAAGAGCCAAUGUGUCUUCACUUGCCAUUGAGCAUAUCAAUUUUGAGUUGAGUUUCAAGGUGGAGUUGAUAAAUCUUCUUGAAACAUUAUUCAAGAUUAAAUUUGUGUUAGCUGAUGCUCAAAAGAGGCAAUCAAGUGAUGAGUCUAUGAGGAUAUGGUUAACAAAUCUUAGAGAUGUAGCUUAUGAUGCUGAUAAUGUGCUAGACAAAUUUAGCUAUGAGAGUUUUUUGCAAAAGGCACAGAUUCAAAAUCAAAUGAUGGAUCAGGUAUGUAACUUUUCACCAUGCAAUCUUGAUAAAGUUAAGACCAUCAAACAAUUGUUGGAUGAAAUUGUGAAUGAUGUAGCUGACUUUGGCCUUAGAAUGGAGUUGGUGAAUUCAAUCCCCAAAAUUAGCUUGGACAUGAAUAUAGACUCCCUCCUCAAUGAUUCAGAAGUUGUAGGAAGAGAAUACGAUAUCAAAAAAAUAGUAAACAUACUCAGUUCAAGCAAUCAACAGGUUAUCUUUGUUCUCCCUAUAGUGGGUAUGGCAGGUCUUGGAAAGACAACUUUAGCAAAACUUGUGUAUAACAAUGAACAGAUAAAGAAACAUUUUGAUGUACUAGCAUGGGUAAAUGUUGGUAAAAAAUUUGAUGUUGAAGGGAUUUUAAGAGAGAUUCUUAAUUCUCUUAGACAAGACUUGAGUGAUUUAGAAUUUGAUGAUUUAGAAUAUGAUGAAGUACGUCAAAUAUGUGCAAAAAUUUUGGUGGCGAAAAAAUAUCUUCUCAUACUUGAUGAUGUGCAGAAUGAAGAUCCUAAGAAAUGGGAUACUUUAAAGGGUUACUUAUUAGAACUUAAUUCCAAUAUGGGAAAUAGUAUUGUUGUUACAACCCGUAAUGAGAAUGUGGGGCAAAUCAUGAAGAUACAUCCCCCACAUCACUUAGAGAAGUUAUCAAAAGAUGAUUGUUGGAGUAUAAUGAAAAAAAGAACAUUUAUAGAUAGAAGAAUUCCAUUAACUUUAGAUUUGGAGGUUAUUGGCAUGGAAAUUGCUAAAAGAUGUGGAGGGGUUCCAUUGGUUGCUAGAGUUUUAGGGGGAACAAUGUGCUUUCAAUUUGAUAAAAACAAAUGGCUAGAGAUUCAAAAUAAUAAAAUUUGGGAUUUUUUGGAUGAAGAUAACAGUGACAUCUUUCCUGUGCUUAAGUUAUGCUUUGAUCAUCUUCCAACACCAUCUUUAAAACGAUGUUUUGCAUAUUGUGCAAUAUUUCCCAAAGAUUAUGACUUGAAAAAGGAUGAAGUAAUUCAGUAUUGGAUGGCUGAAGGGUUCCUUGAACUCGCUAAAGAAGCAAAUAUAAUGAUGGAAGAUAUUGGUAGCAUGUAUUUCAAUAUUUUGUUGGCCACUUCCUUUUUCCAAAAUGCUAGAAAGGAUGCAUACGGUAAUAUUAUUAGCUGCAAAAUGCAUGAUUUGGUGCAUGACUUUGCACUCUCAAUUUCAAAAUUUGAAACUCUAAUCUUGGAGGGAGAUUCAGUGGACGAUGGUAGUAGCAUGCAACAUUUAUUUGCCCGACUUGAUGGCAAAACAACACUGGGAAGUUCAUUUAGUGGAGUUGAUUUUACAAAAUUGCGCACAUUAAUUUCAGAAAAUUUCAACUUUGACAUCAUGUUAUCAAAUUUUAAAUGCUUACGCGUUUUAAAAUUAUUCGGCGAUAGUAUAAUGGAGUUGCCAGAUUCAAUUGACCAAUUAAUACAUUUGAGGCUUCUUCACAUUUCAAGCUCCUUAAUUGGAGAAUUACCAAAAUCCAUCACCAAACUAUACAAUUUGCAAACUUUAAGAAUUAAAGGCUGUGUAGAAGAGCUUCCGGAAGACCUAAGCAAUUUGAUUAACUUAAGACAUAUUCAUAUUAAUCAUAUCAAUCAUAUUUGGGAUCAUUUUAUACGAACACCUAACAAUAUGGGGCGGUUGACUUGCCUUCAAACAUUGCAAUCUUUUUGGGUGGGUGCAGAUGAAGGUUAUCGAAUUAAAGAAUUGGGAUGUUUGAAGAAUCUCAGAGGAGAAAUAAACAUACAGAGUCUAGAGAAUGUGGAAGAUGAGGAAGAAGCCAAAAGUGCAAAAUUAAAAGAAAAGGAAAUAUUCAACUUGGGAUUAUUUUGGAGUCUUCUUCGUAGAGAAUUGGGCUGGUAUGAUAAAGAUGAAAAGGUGUUGGAAGGCCUCCAGCCUCACCCAAAUUUGAAAAGCUUAACAAUCAAAAGGUAUCUUGGAAAGAAAUUCCCAUCAUGGGUUGGUUUGUCUUCGCUAUAUCACAAUUUGAUUGAGAUCAAUUUGAGAUAUUGUAUGGAAUGUGAAGAAGUUCCCACUCUGGGGCAAUUACCCUGUCUUAGGGUUCUUGAAAUAAUAGGAAUGGGGAAGGUAAGAUGUAUAGGAAGUGAGUUUUACUUUUACAGUGAUGGAAGUUACAGAAAUACUACUACAUUAUUUCCGGCAUUGAGAAUACUCAAAUUGGAGGGGAUGAAAGCCCUAGAAGAGUGGAAGGAUGCAAAGGAGUUGACAACCGCAGAUGAGGUGUUGUUUGUGUUUCCUUGUCUUGAGGAGUUGACCUUAAUUGAAUGUGAGAAACUGACAGAUUUGCCAGACUCACUGCAUGUUUCCCGUCAGAAGUUAGUAGUACAGUGUUGUCCUAUGCUGAGGUCAUUGCCAGGUGUCUGGUCCCUUCAGAAGUUGGUAGUACAGGAUUGUCGUAAGAUAAGGUCAUUGCCAGGUGUCCCGUCCAUAAUAAGGGGUGGUAAUGAAGACCCACCCAAUGGGUUACAGCGUGUUGAAUAUUUGGAGAAUGGGGAUUGUCAUCUGCCUUCUUCUUCCUCCAUUCACGCCUCCCUCCAAAAGCUAAAGCUAACAUGGUGUGACUAUCUCCUGGACCAAAUUCAAUACUUCGUUGCCCUUAAAAUUCUGUGGAUAGAGGGAUUUAUGGAGAUGGUAGCUUUGCCAGAGUGGUUGGGCAAUCUUUCCUCUCUUCAACGGCUGUAUAUUGUGAAUUGCUGGACACUGCUGUAUCUACCCGCGGAGGAAGCCAUGCGACGCCUCACCCAAUUGAAAAAGCUGAUCAUUUAUAAUUGCCCCAAAUUUGAAGACAAUGAGCGGAUCAAGAUUAGCCACGUUCCAUGGGUUAAAAUCAAUGCUUAUCCGGAGCCCCUGCCACGUUGCAAAGAUUUUGAAGACUAACUCAAAAAGAUGGCAAGAAGUUUGCAUUUGGAAAAAUAAUUAACUUGAUGACAACUGAUGCCCAGGCACUUCAGGGGAUUUCUUAUGACUCGGGGCUCUCAGGUGAUAAGGUGAGUCUUUUUAAAAGUCUGGCAAUGCUUUACUCUUGAACGCAUCUUCUGCAGAUGAUGCUAAAAAUGAGAUUAUAUAGCUUGGGGGGACACUGGAGGCAGUAUUUUGUACGUAGUUUCUGACAAGAAGAAGGAAUUCUUUCCUAAACUAAGCAAUUGCGGUUGGCUGAUCGUUGUUUUCAGAUCUCUUGGGCAAGAACCAGCAGAUGCUACUGAAGGUGGCAGUGCAUGUGAGAACUCAAGCAUGAUUUUUAUCAACAAUCUAGUAGAGUUGCCUUCAACCAUGUGCUACAUAAAUAGAAAGGCAACUGGUAACAGUGUUGUGACUGUU